AAUAAACGAAAAUACUGGGUGUAGUUUGAAGAAAAAAGCAAUCUGUACCAUUAAUGAGAAAAUGUUGAAACAAAUACGACGAUUACGUAAUCUUAUCGUACGUAUACUUCUCGUUGGGACACCCUGUACAGAGCAACACUAUUGUCGAAUGCACAGUUAACACAAUUAACUUUCUAUAUGCAUCUAAGUGAGAAUAAAGAUUGUGUGUUACAAUUUUUUUCUGUACUGCCUAAACUAUUUAUUCCAAUUUAUAAUAACCAUGUAUAAAUAUUUUAUUGUCCUCAGCUACCAUUACGAAAAUGUGCAAUUAUUUAAAAAUCAACCACCCACUGAGCAAUUCGAAGUUCUUGAUUCGAUUCGUUCUUUGGCAAUUUUCAUAAUUACAGUCCCUUUUAUUGUUUCCCUCGAAAUCUCCAUAAUCGCCCUUGACACGCAUUUAUCUUUUCAAACGAAAAUUAUUUCUAAAAACAUUCAAACGGACUAUUAAAUCACUGCCCACAUUUUCCGAAAUAUCGCCGCCUAUCAUUAACUAUGUCUAAAUGAUAUAAAUAUGGCUUUCUAAUGACAUAUUUCCAAAGCAAUUGCAUGCCCCAGAGGGCUAAAUAUUUUGGAGUGUACACAAAAGUAACAACCAUGAUUCAAGCAACAGAUUUUGUAUUUUUCUUGGUAUUUCCAUCUGUAAUCUUCAAUAGAUUAAUUACCAGAGAUCAACAGGAAUGCUCGUAUUUUCACAACUAUAAAAUGUAUAUGAUACAUUUCAAUCUAUCCCGAGAUGUGAAAAUUACCCAAAUGGUGUGUGAUAACAGUUCUGAUUAUAAUACUGUGGAUUUGGUUGGAGAGUUUUUCGAAAUGAAUCAAGUUUCUUUGAAGAAGGCAACAUUGCUGGAAAAUCAGAUUGUUACAUAUGACCGCAAUGAAAUUAGUGGAGCGUCAUUUUCCAAAUAUGGCAUUGUAUAUGAUGCAGUGAGGAAUAUCAAAAUAAUACAAAAAGACGUCAGCAGUAUGUACAAAAGAAUGGCCUACAUAGACUCGUACUUGGUCCGAAUUUUUAUCGGAGUGGAUCCGGAAAUGUUCUUUAAAUACUUCGCCGAUAUGGAUGUUUCCACAUUUACAAAAACUGCCCGAUCUCUCAAUGUUUUGCUGUUCUCUACUAGGGAUGUUGAUAUGCCAAUGGUACACCAGUUACUAGUAUUUUUAUGGGAACGUUUUUCCAUCCUGAAUAUUGUAGUGCAGUUUCCCUGUUCCGCGGACUAUCGAGAAUACGUUUCGACUUACCGACCUUUUAUGAAAACCAAAUCAGAAUAUGGUCAAGUUCACAUCUACCAUUAUGAGCAAGUUGCUAAGUAUCCCCAACUUUUGCUUAACGACGUAACUGACAUGAAAGGAUACCCUUUAAAGGUUUCCUUAUUCGAAAGACAUCCUACUGCAACACGUUUCGUUCCAAAGUUUAUUCGUGAAUGUAAAAUAUACAAGACAAUUCCAUAUACAUCAAAGUUUUAUGGGUGUGAUGGUGAAGCAAUGGCCACUUUAUCAGCGUAUAUGAAUUUCACUAUUCACCUGCAUGAUGGAUCUGCUUCGUAUGGAAGACUGCAAGCAGAUGGUACACUUACAGGGAGUUUUAAGGAUAUCGUCGAACGGACGAUCGAUUUGCAAGGAAACUCCAGAUUCAUGAUGCCUUAUGGGGUCGAGGGGUAUGAAUUCACUUAUAUCUACCAUUUUGACCAGCUGUGUGUUAUUGUUCCAAAGGCCAAAAAACUAUCCAAUUGGCUGGCAACAUUGAAGAUUCUCACUGGCAGAUUUGUGUUAGUUAGUGUAGGAAUUGUUGCAAUAUGCGGGAUAGCUAAUAAAUUCUUCCGACAUGAAGCUUGCCUGCUAAGCGAAGCUGUUUUAGAACUGUACAGUUCGUUCUUAGGUCAGUCAGUAGCAGAAAUUGUAGGAACUCAAAAUCGACUUUCGCGACGCAUAUUUAUAGCCAGUUUUCUACUUUACUCCAUCGUUAUAUCAACUGCAUUUUCUGCAGCUUUGCUUUCUGUCUACACUACUGAAACAUAUUUGCCGGAUAUAAACACCCUAGAAGAGUUUGAUAAGAUUGGCAUGACCAUUAGAUCAUCAAUUAACCCGUUUAAAGAUGGGGAAUCGGCUCUGUAUCAAUCGAUAGCGAAGAAAGUAAGAAGCAAGUAUCAAAAAGAAAACCAUUUGAGCUCCAUAGAAAUUGCAGCUGCGUCAAACGUAGGAGGCAUCGAAAGAUACCUUGAUAGUAAACUAUUAAUUCAAACACACUUUUCCGAUAAGGACAGCAAACCUUUACUACACAUUGUUCGCGAUUGUCCAAACUCAUAUUUUUUAUCAUAUAUUGUGCCUGUUGGUUCUCCGUAUCUGAAAAUCAUCAAUCACUUCCUGGUUCUAAUUAACGAAGCUGGUUUAAAAUCGAAAUGGCUGGAAGAUUUUUCUGAUGCAUUUGUAUAUCAGCGUAGGAUUGAGAAAUUAAAGCAACAGGCUAGUGGUAGUGCUGAAGUGUAUCAGGCAUUUGAUCUGGAUAAUAUUAAAGGCAUACUAAUUAUUCUGUUAAUCGGGUAUUGCAUAGCUUUUAUAGUGUUUAUAUCGGAAGUUUGUUCGAUGCCAUUGCCUGAGUGUAUAUAAUGCAAAAAAAUGUAUUUGUAAAACUUUCUGUACUUAAAAUACAUGUGUGCAUUACUUGUAUGUGUUAUAUUGGCACCAUGCUGAAUUUAAAAAAAAUCUCCAACAUAUUUCUGACAAAAAUGCAAUAACUGCAAUAUUAUCAGGGAUAAUAAGAAUUUAACUACAUUUUCGUAAAAUUGGUACGAAUUGCAAUAUUGUUUUUUUUUCACUACAAUUAGUAUUAUGUAUUCAUUUAUCCCGAAAUGUCUUUAAAUAACACAUAAAUGUUUAUUUAUACAUAAAUGUAUAAAUAAUGAUAUAUGUAUGAUAAGUAAAAGAUGAUUUUUAGAUUUUUUGAACAAUUUCAUUUCGAACCAGAAUUGUUUAAUUAAAUCGUCAAUUUAUUAGACACACUUGUGUAAAGCGAACUUUAUAGAAGGGAGGCAUUAAGUAAGGCAGAAUUCUAACCUGAAGGCAAAUAUGAUUUAUAUAUCUGAAAUAUCCUUAAAUAAUGAUAAUUUCUUUGCUUGUUCACCCAACAAAAUGAAUGUUCUCUCGAACAAUUUCUUUAUAUUGCAGGUUGUAAUUUUGUAAUUUACAAACUGGUUUUGUAAAAUUAGUUUUUAAUAAAUUGAACGAGUUUUUUAUUUUAAAGUGGCAUUGGUAAUAUUAGAAGAAAAUUUGUAUUAUAUCGAAGGCGAAACUUUGGCCGAACUGUCCGGAAGAACGUAAAUACAAGUAAAUGAGCAUAAAAGGAUGUACUUGUAUUUGCAUACUUUAAUGCAAAGGAAUGAAGAACCUAAAAAGAAGCACUUAUGCCGAAUGGUUAAUUUUCAAAAUGUAUUAAGAAAGUAUUUUUUCGCAAUAAAUCUUGGAUCAGUGGAAUUUUAUUUAUUCGGUAACCGUUAGAAACUUUAAAGCCUUUAAAGAAAUUUAAAUAAAAAUAAGUUAAAUUUUUUAAACGUUUCCGUUAAAAAUUGUAAAAUGUUCGAGAUUACCGCAACUCAUGUAUUCAACAUUUGAUCAUAUUUUAUUAAUGAUAAUAUCGAUAAGUUAAUAUAAUCACGAAACUUGCGAUGUAAUUUUCUUCAUUUCCAAGUAAAUUAAACAUUAUUAUAGAUGUGCUUGGUAGGCAGAAAAUACCGACGAUAUUUUCACCCUUUUAGAGCAUAUCCAUAAUUUUUGACCAACUUUUUUAGGGUUUGUCUCGGUUAAAUGUAUGUUAAUAAAGCAUGUACAAAAGUGA